AUGAUGAACACAAAUAAAGUUUGUGCUUCUUGCUGCGAAGUCGUUUAUCCUCUGGAAUUGAUAAGAUGUUUUGAUCAGGUAUGGCAUAGAAGAUGCUUCCGUUGUCAGCACUGUGGGAUGGCCUUAAGCAUAUGUAACUAUCAUGGUGGGUAUGAUAAGAAGCCAUAUUGUGCAGCACAUACUCCAAAGCCAACCUCAUUUACAUUCAUUCCGGAUACACCAGAACUAUUGAGAGUAGCUAACAAUACAAGAAUGUUUAGCAGUAUAAGAUACAGUGCAGAUGCUCAACGUAUUAGAAGCAAAAUCACAUCAUUUCCAGAUGACUUGUGGACUCAACAUACAUUGAGACUAUCAAAACAAUACAGUGAGGCAAACAGUGUUCGUUCUGGACGAAGCUCUGGAUUUGAUGAACGCUGCUCACCACAAUCAUAUGGACGUAGUGCUUCAUACUACAAUAGUUAUACACCACCACCUACUCGAUUUGGACUAAGCAAUCAUUGCACUUCACCUCAUACUUUUUCAAAUUCGUCAGGCAUAAAUUCUAGAUCACUGUCAAAUAGUGGUGGAUGUCAUCUUAAAAUCGAUCCAAUCAAUCAUCAUCAUCAUUAUGAUCAAGGGCAUACGCCACCGGCAAAUCAUAAUGGACUAAGUCGUUCUGGUUCUUGUCAUUCAGUUAUUAUUACUCCUACAGAUCCUGAUGAUGAAGUUACUAAAAACAGUUGUUCGCUCAAAUAUUCUUCAUUUUUGAAUAUUCUAUGAGGAUUUUUAAACUACUGAUAAAACACGGUAAUGAUUUCCGAACCUGAUGAACAUUUUAACAGAUUUCAUUAAAACUGCUUUAUUUCUUUUACAAGCUUCAUUCCAAUUCUUUUGUGUCAUCUCACUUAGAUUCAUCAAUAUUUAUAUUGAAACUAUGCUUAUCAUUCGUAUUUUGUUUUUUCGGUAAUUACAAUUAACGUUAAUAAUAAGAAAAUGAAGUUAUAUUUUUAAUACCAUAGAUUAUAUUUCCCAGUGUAGCUCAUCAAACACAACUUUUAUUUAAUUUAUUUUACAUUGUACGAUUUGUGUGACGACGUUAUAUUGAUUGUCUGUCGAUAUUGAAAUAGGGUUUGUACUUGAGAUUGAGCGCUGAGCGUUUUAAUUAUUAAAUGAUCCUCUUCACAUGCAUUUAUAUAAUAAAUACACCCUAAUAGAAGGUCAUUUAUCGUUAUUCUUCCGUUCAGGAGAACAAGAUUACAACCCAGUCUUCUUAUAACAACAGUUAUGCAGCUUCACUCUCUGAUAGAACUAUUCAGGCACUAAAAGCCAUGUGGUACUACAUUUUAUUCACUUACUUAUUAAGCUAAUAUAUGCAUGCGUAAGCGACUGAGAAAGGUCAACUGAUAAUAAUAAACACAAAGUAUCAGUAGGUUUUUCCUAUAACCGUGAGAAGAACGAUUGUGAUGAAAUAAAAUGAUGAAGAAAUAGUUACGUCAGAUAUUAUGACUCUUAAUUUAAUUGAAUAAUCUUCUUCAAUUAUUUAAAAUCAUUAUGAAGUUGUUUAAAAACUUUUAGAUUCAUAGAUGUUAUUUAAACUGUAUUGAAAAUUCAUUUCUUGAAACAUUUUAAUUAAUAUUGAGGGAUUUGUAUAGAUUACAGAAUACUAUAGUGUAAGUCAUGAAUUGAUCGUAGCUAGACGGAUGAGCACUGCUGAGCAAUCCCGUACUACGACUAAAUGGCCGUUCAGUGCUUCCUGAUUUUCUAUAACGGUCUAACUCAGAUCAUUUUGUGAUUUAACUUACAAUGAACAUCGUAAAUAAGAUAAUAUAUUUUCAACAUUCCAAUGAGUGGGAAAAUGAGAUUUUCGGAAGCUUCGUGACUCAGUGCAAGCCACUUCAGGUUAUUUAUUUUCUGAAGAAGUGGAUAUUCUACCUAAUGCUCAAUUUAUUCGAAAUUAUCAAGUCAAACCAUGGUAAUGAUACCUAUAGAAAACAUUAUUGUUAAACAAGCUUUUGCCAAUGAUGUAUCGAGUACCUUACAAAUUAAUUGCCUUUUGGCCUAAUAUUUUGGCAAGUGAUUCUUAGAUUUUCGAUAAUUCCAACUAACAAAUGGGCGAUAACAGGGUAAAUUUUCGAUAUACAGAGAUUUAAUGCUCCGUUAAAAGUAUGAGUUCUUGUUAACUGAUUUGUACAAUCUCAAAAGUUACAACUAAAUUAAUAAGAUAUCAUCAUUAAUAUUACUUGACCGACUUUAUGAACUCCUUAACUCCACCUCAGUUAUUAUUCAGCAAAAAAAUUUGUUUUCACAAGAGUGUAUACCUUUUACAAUACUUUAGGAGUUCUGGAUUCGAUUUCCUUCAUUAUUCUCAAUAUUUAAUGACUUGUGCAUACUAAUAAUUAACUUGAAAUGUACCUAAAGUGUCAACUAUUCCAAUAAAAUAAAUUAUUACAGAAAAUUUAUUAUAUUUAUCUGAAAUUAAAAUAAAACCAACAAAUCUGGAAUAGAACGGAAUGCGCGUCCUAUAUUCCACUCCUAGCUAAAUAUUAUCUAUUCCAUAGAAAUAAGUAGAUGCUUUUCUAAAUAAACAUAACUGAAAUCGAAGUUUAUCAUAAUUAUGUGAUAUAUUUGCGCAAUACAUUUCGAACAAUCUGAUCACACAUAUACUUGUUAAGAACAUUUAUAUAUGAAAAAUUAAAAGGUCAACUAGACAGGUUAAGGGUAAGUCAUAACAAAGGAAAAAUAUUAAAGUACACAAAAACAAAUGUGAUUACCACUCUGGACAGUAAAUCAGCCCAACUUGUCAUUAUCGAAAAGACAAGGUCUAUGUUUCACCAAAAGCCCAAACAGCAUGAAAACGAUUGUGUCACAUCCCAUUGUGUCUACAAAUUUACAUGUAUGUGUGGAAACACGUACGUAGGGAGGAGCAAUCGUGAUUUGCAAUUAAGGGUGGGUGAGCAUAUACCAAAAUGGUUGCAAAAUCAGAUGAAUUCCAAUGGUGAAAUAAGACCACAGGAUAGACAGACAUCAUCAUCCAUUGCGAAACAUUUGAUUGAGACGGGUCAUAAGGUUGAUAUCAAAUCAGCAUUUGUUGUGUUGUACAAAAGCCUUCAAGGACGUAUACUAAGGUUUAUUGAAGCCUUGGCUAUACGAAAAUUGAAACCCCCUUUAUGUGUUCAAAAACAAUUUGUACUUACACUUAACCUACCCUGGUAGUACUGAUUUACUGUCCAGAGUGGUGAUCACAUUUGUUUUUGUGUACUUUAAUAUUUUUCCUUUGUUAUGACUUACCCUUAACCUGUCUAGUUGACCUUUUAAUUUUUCAUAUAUAAAUGUUCUUAACAAGUAUAUGUGUGAUCAGAUUGUUCGAAAUGUAUUGCGCAAAUAUAUCACAUAAUUAUGAUAAACUUCGUCUUCUCAUUGCAUUAUCGAAAUU